AUGCCAAUUAAAGUGCCUACUAUAUCAGGAAGCCUAGCAGGUAGCAUAGCAAGUACAAGCGCAGCUGUACCGAUUACGGACAUGAGUCAACUUGUCCGAACUUCCAGGCCUAGCACAAUGAAGUCAUCUACAGUUUUAACAGAAAAUCUUUUGAGAGCUAAUGAAGCGCAAAUCACACCAUUGCGCAAUAGGUUUGCUUUUGGCAGAAGGGAUAAGUUCUAUUUUUUAACCAUACCGGGCCUUCUACGACUUGUAGAAUGUCAGUUCUUUGCACUCUUGCACGUGACAAUGUUUGGGUUCUACGGCACAUUUUACGAACGAGAAAUUACGUUUGUUGUGACUCCUUUUUACAUUUCCACGACAAGGGAGCAGCUUUACUUGCUCGUUAACUAUUUCUCCUUCAUGGGAAGCAUAGUGAUGGUUAUUUCUGGAAUCUUUAGUUCAACCAGCAAUACGGCUCUCUUAUCCAGUCUUUAUCCAUUUAUAUUUGAUUUGGUGCAAUUUAUUAUGAUGGCUGCAGCAUCCGUGAGCAACGUUGUGCAGUAUAAAGAUGUGGAAGUACAGAAGAAAAUGGUUAUUGGAUUAAAAGCAAAAGAAGCAGCCUCGUAUACAGGUUUAGUUUUGGCCACAAUGCAUUUAGUCAGCUGUGUUUACGACAUGGUAGUUUUCAUCCGAAGAUGGGAAGGAGCAAAAGCACCUGUUAUUGACAUAAAUAUUUAA